UGGGAGAGAGAGAGUGGACAAAAACCAAAAAAGCUAAUGCCAACAUGAGAGUGGAUUGCAGUAGCAAAUGGCUCGUAAACACUUCUGUUGUGCUUUUCGUGGUGCUGCUGUUUUCGUGGCAUCCACUGCGGGCCGAGAGUGAGGUGAUUGGCGACAUAGAGGAGCAGCAGCAGGAGCAGCAGCACACUAUGCAUCCGACACCGAGUAGCAUUAGCAGAGUGAGGCGCCAUCAACUGCAUCAACAUCACUUGUAUACGCAACAGCAUCAUCAUCAUCAUCAGCAUCAGCAUCAGCAUCAUCAUCAAAAGUGUCAACAGCCGCAUCAGCUGAAACGCGACAGCAAACACAAUCGGAAGCUCGGCAGACAGAGUCACUACAAGACCCUGCAAUUAGAGCAGCAACAACAGCAAUUGGGCAAACACUGGCAACAAUGGAGGCAGCAGCAGCGGCAACAGAAUUGGCAGUGGCAGUGGCAGUGGGGCAGCAGCAGCAGUCAUCUGACAGAUCCAGAUUAUGUGAAUGAUGAGGCACCAUCGUCGUCGGACACGUCACAGUCACAGCCAGAGUCGACACCUCAUCAACAGCAUCUUGACGACCAGCAGCUCUAUGAUCAAUUCGAUUUGGAGGAGUACCAGCGCUAUGCGAACAUUGAAAUGGCAGCCCCACGCUCUGGACGCCAUCGUGGCCGUCAUCUGCCAGUCAAAAGUACCAACAACUUGCUGCUGCCCCUAAUGGCGGGAGUGGACGGGAGUGGCAAGUACAUGCGCUCCCUGCCGGACUCUGUGAGCUUCAUGAACGAUCGCCUGCACGCCAUUCUGCCGCAGCGCCACUGGCCCGUGAAGCGCGAGGCCCUGAUCGAGGGGGAUCUCAUACUCGGCGGCCUGAUGAUGGUGCAUUCGCGCGAGGACAGCAUCACCUGCGGCCCGAUCAUGCCCCAGGGUGGCAUUCAAGCGCUCGAGGCCAUGCUCUUUACCAUCGACAGCAUCAACAAGGCACAGCUGCUGCCGAAUAUCACAUUGGGCGCACACCUUCUGGAUGAUUGCGAUAAGGACUCGUAUGGCCUGGAGAUGGCUGUGGAUUUCAUCAAAGGCUCCAUCAGCAACAUUGACGAUGCCGAAUAUCAUUGCAACAAGACGCAAGUACGAAAGGUCAUCUCUGGGGUGGUGGGUGCCGCCUCAUCGGUAACCUCCAUACAAGUUGCCAAUUUAUUGCGCUUAUUCCGCAUACCCCAGGUCUCCUACUUUUCAACCAGUCCCGAGUUGAGCAACAAGCAACGCUUCGAGUAUUUCUCGCGCACCAUACCCUCGGAUCAUUACCAGGUCAAGGCCAUGGUAGAGAUUGUGAUGCGGAUGGGCUGGAGCUACGUUUCGAUUAUCUACGAAGAGAGUAAUUACGGCAUCAAGGCAUUCGAGGAGCUGGAGGAGCUACUGGCACGCCAUAACAUUUGUAUUGCCAUCAAGGAGAAGCUGGUAAAGGACUCUGGAGUGGCCGAGGAUAUUGCAUACGAUAAUAUCGUGCAAAAGCUGUUGACCAAGCCGCGGGCCCGAGGUGCCAUCAUCUUUGGCUCCGACCAGGAAGUGCGGCAGGUAAUGCGGGCUGUGCGGCGUGCCAAUGCCACGGGCUCCUUCUCCUGGAUAGGCUCUGAUGGCUGGAGUGCUCGAAAUCUCGUAUCGGAUGACUACGAGCCAGAGGUGGAGGGCACGCUCUCCGUGCAGCCACAAGCGAAUCCUGUGCGCGGUUUCGAGGAGUACUUCCUCAAUUUAACCGUCGAGAAUAACCAACGUAAUCCGUGGUUUGUGGAAUUCUGGGAAGAUCAUUUCCAGUGCCGCUACCCGGGCAGCACCAGCACACCCUACAACAACUACACCAAACAGUGCACCACCAAGGAGCGACUGUCACGGCAGAACACUGACUUUGAGGAUCAACUGCAGUUCGUUAGCGAUGCGGUUAUGGCAUUCGCCUAUGCCCUUAGGGACAUGCACCACGACCUGUGCGGCGGACGACCUUCACUGUGCGAUGCCAUGAAGCCGACCAAAGGCGCAGACCUGCUUAAAUAUUUGCGCAAAGUUCAGUUUAAAGGCCUUAGCGGCGACCAUUUUCGCUUCGACGUGAACGGUGAUGGACCGGCACGGUACAACAUCAUUCACUUCAAGCAGUCACAGAUCGGACAGUACCAUUGGGUGAAGGUUGGCGAGUACUACGAGGGCGAACUGCGCUUGAAUAUGUCGGAGGUGAAGUUUAAGCGUCUGAGUCCGAAGCCACCCGAGUCCGUUUGCAGUUUACCCUGCGAUGUGGGGCAGGCCAAGAAGUAUGUCGAGGGCGAGAGCUGCUGCUGGCACUGUUUCAAUUGUACAACUUAUCAAAUACGGCACCCUGAUGACGAGACCCACUGCCAGCUGUGCAAAUGGGGCACACUGCCCGAUGCCCACAAGCAGUACUGCCGUGCCAUACCGGAGGUUUACCUGCGUCCAGAGUCCGCCUGGGCCAUUGGCGCCAUGGCAUUCAGCUCGACGGGCAUCCUGAUAACGCUCUUUGUAAUGGGCGUAUUUGUCAGGCACAAUGACACGCCCAUUGUGCGUGCAUCGGGACGGGAGCUGAGUUACAUUCUGCUGGCUGGUAUCUUCAUGUGCUACGGUGUCACAUUUGCCCUGGUCCUAAAGCCCACCAACAUUGUGUGCGCCAUUCAGCGUUUCGGCGUUGGCUUCUGCUUUACCGUUGUCUAUGCUGCACUGCUGACCAAAACGAAUCGCAUUGCACGCAUCUUCAAGGCGGGCAAACAAUCGGCGAAGCGACCCUCGUUCAUUAGCCCAAAAUCCCAGCUGGUGAUUUGCAUGUUCCUUGUCACGGUCCAGAUACUCAUCAAUGGCGUUUGGAUGGUAAUUGCACCAUCACAUGCCAUGCAUCAUUAUCCGACACGCGAGGAUAAUAUGCUCGUUUGCGAUUCCUAUAUAGAUGCCUCCUACAUGAUUGCGUUCUUCUAUCCAAUCGUUUUGAUUGUCAUUUGCACAGUCUAUGCAGUGCUCACGCGCAAGAUACCCGAAGCAUUCAAUGAGUCGAAGCAUAUUGGCUUCACCAUGUACACGACCUGCGUGAUUUGGCUGGCAUUUGUGCCACUGUACUUUGGCACUGCCAAUCAUGUGCCGUUGCGCAUCACCAGCAUGUCGGUGACCAUCAGCUUGUCCGCGAGUGUGACCAUCGCAUGUCUCUUCUCGCCCAAGCUGUACAUCAUACUCAUACGUCCGGAGCGUAAUGUGCGACAGAGCAUGAUGCCACCGCGUCAUGGCAACAUGCACCGCACCGCCGGCACAGGACCUUCGUCGAUGAUGGCAGCGGCUGUAGUGGGCGCCGCCACGUGCGCACAGGAGGAGAAGAUACAGCGGCACAUAACGCCCACCAACACAGAUCCCUCGCUGAAGACGAAAAAGUUAUGCGAAAUGGCCACACAGACCAUUUCCAGCAUUUUCACAUCGCUGGACAUUAAUGCAUACAAUCAGAUACCCUAUGCCGAUCAGUUUGUGGCAAACAAUACGGCCACAGAGACGAGCACAACGCCGACAGCCACUCAGGAGGACAAUGAGAAGGAGCAGGUGGUGUCCAACAACAACAAAAUCAAUCAGCUGCAGCACGGACAGCAGCGAACGGCGGCCGCUGCCGUGGCAAUCGUUGUCUCAACGGCUGUCAAUUGUGUUGGCAGUCCGCCGACAACAACAACCACAGCAGCGGCAGCAGCAACAGUCGCUGCAGCUGCAACCGUAGCUGCCACAGUCACUACAAUUGCAACAGCACAGAGCAGCACAGAUGCCAAAGAAGCCGUCACAGAGACCAGCGCCAAUUUGAUGAAUACAAACAAUGGCAGUCAUCGGGGACCCGUGCUGCAGACAAACUUAUAGCUAAACGCACAGGAAUUGCAGCAGCAGUUGCUCAAGGAGCAAAAGCGACAGCAACAGCAACAGCAACAGCGACAGCUUCAGCUGGAGGCAGAGCAGCAGGAGGACACACAGCAGACGGCCACAACGACGCAGGGUUCCGGCAGCGAUGGCGGCAGCACAGGCAGUGGAACUGCCAGCAGGAAACGGGCAGCCAUACCCGUUUAAGGUGCACCUUAAAAAGAAACCAAAAUGGUUACAAGUAAGUGCGGGAAAAUGUGAAUACAAAAUGUAAAGUAAAUUCCGGACAGGUACAGGAAGGUACAGGGAGCUAGCACUGGGGUAUGCCUGCUCAUGUUACUGCCAAAGGAAACACAAUACGAAAGGAUAUCGUAUGACUUGAACAGCAACAUGAGCGGCCAGUGCACCAGGGAACUGAAGGAUAUGCGCUAACCCCAACACAACCGUAUUGAUUCGCGGUAUCCAAAUAAAUUCAAACGAUUUGUCAAACAAUUUGUCAGCCAUUUAGCUUAAAAUAAAUGAAAUAUUAAGUGUUAAUCUUUAAGCUGUCCCUCUACUAUCUUCAAGAAUUGUUUCUACCCAAAAAUAGAAAGAAAGAAACAGCAAACAAUGGCAAAGGCAAAACCAAAAUGAAUGAAAAAUGUGAUAUAAUUUGAAAAAUGUGUUUUCUAUAACUAACGUUUAACUACCAUUUAAAGUAAAUCUGAAUCUGAAUGUAAGUUUACAGAAUACGUUUAAGUGCUGAAGGGUGCACAAAUUAUGUUCCCAAGGGGCUGCUGGUACAACCCCUUGCGAAUGUAGCGGCAGUUAUGGCAUGGAGCCGAAUGGAGCAAUUGAAAUUGCAUUUAUUGUGUUGUCUUGAGCCCCCGGCAACAUAAUAGAUUUAAUUGUUGUAAAUAUCAAUAGAAAAUAUUGUUACAAUCCCUAGCUUUUAGUACUUUGAUCCAUCUAGGUGUGUGCAUAAUAAAUAUUUAAUGUUGAUUGUGCUGUUGUUUAACCAAUUUCAAAUGUGUUCUUUGAAGUGUUGAUAC